UGUUUCUUGCAGAAGUUUUUUCCUGAGGAAAUGCAUGUGGCUUGUAACUAUAAUGCACCUAUGAGCUUCACGUCUUAGAAAUUCUUUACUAUCUUUUUGGUUUUGCAAGCUAUGAUAUAUUGAGAACUAUAAAAACAGGAAUUCUGCAUGUCGAACAGAUUUUUCAAUAGGAAAACGCUGCCUGCUGUUUCCCGGGGAGAUCAUGAAACGACGUCGGCUUCCUAGCAGCAGUGAGAAUUCUGACGACAAUGGCAGUCUGUCCACCUGGUCCCAGCAUUCCAGAUCUCACCGUCGGAGGUCUUCAUGUUCCAGACAAGAAGAUAGAAAACCUUCUGAGGUGUUCAGAACGGACCUGAUCACUGCCAUGAAGUUACAUGACUCCUUCCAGCUGAACCCUGAUGAAUACUAUGUGCUGGCAGACCCCUGGAGGCAGGAGUGGGAAAAGGGAGUGCAGGUGCCAGUUAGCCCAGGGACCAUCCCAGAACCAGUAGCCAGGAUUGUGUCUGAGACAAAAGCUGUCACAUUUACACGUCCCCGCAAGUAUAUUUCUUCAUCAGGCACGAAGCCUCCAGAGCUGGGUUAUGUUGACAUUCGCACGUUAGCUGACAGCGUGUGCCGCUACGACCUCAGUGACGUGGAUGUGGCAUGGCUGCAACUUGCCAAUGAAGAAUUCAAGGAAAUGGGGAUGCCUGAGCUGGAUGAGUACACAAUGGAAAGGGUCAUAGAAGAGUUUGAACAACGAUGCUAUGAUAACAUGAAUCAUGCUAUUGAAACAGAAGAAGGACUCGGGAUUGAAUACGAUGAAGAUGUUGUCUGUGAUGUCUGUCAGUCUCCAGAUGGAGAAGAUGGCAACGAAAUGGUGUUUUGUGACAAAUGCAAUAUUUGUGUGCACCAGGCCUGUUACGGUAUCCUGAAGGUGCCAGAAGGCAGCUGGCUGUGCAGGACCUGUGCUCUUGGUGUUCAGCCCAAGUGCUUGCUGUGUCCCAAGAAGGGUGGUGCCAUGAAACCGACCCGCAGCGGCACCAAGUGGGUUCACGUCAGCUGCGCUCUAUGGAUUCCAGAGGUGAGCAUUGGAAGCCCAGAGAAGAUGGAGCCCAUUACCAAGGUUUCUCAUAUUCCCAGCAGUAGAUGGGCAUUGAUAUGCAGCCUUUGUAAUGAAAAAGUUGGUGCUUCCAUACAGUGUUCAGUGAAGAACUGCAGAACAGCCUUUCACGUCACUUGUGCAUUUGACCGUGGCUUGGAGAUGAAGACCAUACUGGCAGAGAACGAUGAGGUGAAAUUUAAGUCAUACUGUCCCAAGCACAGCUCCACCAAGAGAACAGAUGAUGAGACCUUCAAUGACCACCUGUGUCAAGAGAAUGGGAAUGGGAUUCAGGACAGCUCUCUUCCUGCCCACAUGGACCCUUUCCACAGCAUGGAUCAAAACCAGGAGGAAGCCCACAGAGUCAGUCUCCGCAAGCAGAAGCUCCAGCAGCUGGAGGAUGAGUUCUAUACUUUCGUGGAGUCUCUGGAAGUGGCUAAAGCACUGCGGCUGCCUGAGGAGCUGGUGGGAUUCCUUUACCAGUACUGGAAGCUGAAAAGAAAAGCCAACUUCAAUAAGCCAUUGAUCACCCCAAAAAAGGAUGAGGAGGAUAAUCUGGCGAAACGAGAGCAGGAUGUUCUAUUCAGAAGACUACAGCUCUUCACACAUCUACGGCAAGAUCUGGAGCGGGUGCGUAAUCUCACUUAUAUGGUGACUCGACGGGAAAAAAUCAAGAGAUCAGUUUGCAAAGUUCAAGAACAGAUAUUUAACAUCUACGCAAAACAGUUGGAACAAGAAAGAGUUUCAGGUGUGCCUUCAUUCUCCGCAGUGGAAAAUGCAGUGUUGUUCAAUAGUCCAUCUUUGGGUCCCAAUGCCCCUAAGAUAGAGGAUUUGAAAUGGCAUUCAGCAUUCUUCAGGAAACAAAUGGGCACAUCUCUGACACACUCUUUGAAAAAAUCACAUAAAAGAGAUAGAGUAAGUAAUAGCUCUGGGAACAGUAGCAAAUCCACGCUGAGGCAGCCCAGCCAAAGGGGAGAUGGUGCAGCUCCAGGAAGCUUUUUAAAUUUUGACAAGAGCUUUGCAGAAACACGGAUUGUAUCAGCACAGCAGAAAAAUGGCAUAGUUAUGCCAGACCACAGAAAAAGAAGAGACAAUCUUCCACAAUGUGAAGUAAUCAAGACAGAACUAAAGGAAAAAACUAAACAAAACCACAAACCACUGAGACCCACAGAACUCUCUCAGAGGCAAUCAGAAAACAAAAGGGCUGUGAACCACUCCAGUGGUAGGUCUGCACCUGGCACACGGAGGGACAUAGUGCCUAAAUGCAAUGGGGGUCUUGUCAAAAUAAACUCCAAUCAGACAGUAGUUAAAGUGCCUACGACACCCACGAGCCCAGUGAAAAACUGGGGCGGAUUCCGAAUUCCAAAGAAGGGGGAGAGGCAACAGCAAGGUGAGAGUCCAGAGGAGACCUGCCGCCAGAACUCCAGUUACCCCUACCUGGGCGUGGGCAGAGUUUCACCGAAGGAUAGGGCAAAAAGCAAGCCGAAGCCUGACAGUGAGAAUGAUGGGUACGUCCCUGAUGCUGAAAUGAGCGACUCUGAAAGCGAAGUAGCUGAAAAAAAGUGCAGACAGCAGAGGCUCAGCCCAAACAGCACUAUCAGCAGAAGGACGGACAUUAUUAGGAGAAGCAUCCUGGCAUCCUGACCGGCAAUGGGGCACCGUGGUCAGUGGUCACUGCCUACAAACCAACUUCACUUUAUUUAUUGGUGUGAGAGGGGAGAGUUCUUAGACAUGGCUACAGACCGACAAACAGAUAACCCAUUAUUCCUGAGCUGUGUAAACAUGUUUACAUACACUUAAAGCUGGAUUGUUUUGUUCCCCCAACCCAUUCUGUGACCAGUUUGAAUCUCCUUUAUUUGAAACUUCCCUGAGUAAGCAGAGAAUUGGCAUCACUACUAAAACAGGAUUUGUGAUAAACACUAAAGUAAGUCACAAAAUCAUCUAGGGGGAUAGGGUGGGUGGUGGAGAAUUAGGCAGCAUCAUCCCUUUUCUCUAAACUGCACUGUUAAAAUUCUCUUUCCUUCCCCUGUUUUCUGAAAAAGCACAAGCUCUUAAUUUAACUAAGUGUGUAUUGAAUCAAAGAUGGUUAUUUAUUUAACCAUAUUGCACUGCUAUUCCCUGCUACAAAAGGUCAGUUGCCUUGGAUGGUGGUAGGUCUUUGUCCUCACUUUGCAGAAUGUUUGUUGCUGCAUUCGGUUUGAGCACAAGUGGCAGCUUAAAACCCUCUGUAAGCUACAGAGUUGAUGGGUAAGUACAAGACCGAGAUGUUAAACUGGAAAAAAAAGAAAGGAACAGAUCAGGGUUGCAGCUGCCUUACACUGCAACAGAUUAAAAGUUCUCAGACUGAGAGUGUGUGGCUUAGUUCUGAGAGAGGGGCCAGGCUCACAGGUUACUGUGAAUAACCUGUAGAAUAACCCGUCAGCAUUUCGUUACCUGCCUCCUGAACACCUUGACAAUUCAAGCAACAAAAUGCUAAGGCACCAGUCAGUAGGAUUGCCCAAAACCCAGCACAUAUGCACUAAUGGUAACGUAUUGGGAAAACCCAGCUUAUGACACUAAAGGGUUACCUUAAAAUGGACAUAAAUAUAUAUUUUUAAAUGAAAUGGAGAGGCAAUAAAUUGUGAUUAGCCCUUUACAGUCAAAUGAAGAAAAGUUAUUCUAUUCUGGACUAGAUUUGAUGGAAGAGGGAACUCAUAUGCAUACUUUUUUAAUAAUUGCAAAUGGCAAUAACGAGAAAGCUAUGAGCAAUAAUAUUAACAGUUCAUUAUGAUACUUUUUUUGUAGAGUGCACAUGUAACAGUGGAUUCUUAGGAGCCUGUAAAUUUUGGAAUUCUGCGUAGAUUUAACUUAGGUAUGCACUGGUGAAACGAAGGUUUCAGCUGCAAUGAGUUAGAGAAACACAGGCAUAAAGAACAGGAGCCCAGCCUGCUGUUAACCACACUCACUUGCAUUUUAUUGUUAGACCCUUGCCUCUCGAGCAGGGAAGAUUUUAAAGUACAGUAGAACUCUGCCGUAACUGAGUCUUCCAGAGGAUUCAAUCAGAAAAAGGCUUAUUAACACCCUGUCUUGCUAUGCAAGUUGUAACUACUUAAAUAUUGCAACAGAAUGUAUCCCUGUCGUUUAUGUUUCAAAACUCUGAAGUCUCAACCUUUUGAUAUCUUCUGGGGUGAUGCUGAGGAAAGGAAGUUUGGUUUAACACGGUGUUUUUUUAAAAGACCAUUGCUGGACCCAGGAAUUUGGAUUGACCUCAUGACUUGCACAGAUUGAAGCCCAACAGGGCACUGGUGAAUGUGACAUUACGUAGUUGCUUUUGGGAUCUGUUAAGAUAGAAGUACUGGUGUGAUCAAAAAGCAGCAGACAGACGGAAGGUAACUGCAGGUAGCUCUACCUGACGUACAGCUACACAUUUAAGGCAGGCAUUGUUUCGGUAAGAAGCUCACGACCACGUGGGGAAUUCUUCAAGCCAUAGAUGGAAUAAUCUAAAUUCUGAUUCUAGCGUGUAACCUCGCUCCGGUGUGAAAGAGGUACCUUGUGAAUUUGCACUAUUCCGAUUGCUAAUGUUGUGCAGAAUGAAUGCCUUACCUGUUUUGCUCCCCGAUGUUUAGGUUUAUAAGCUUUCUAAUGUUUCGAGUUAUGCUGAACCAAAACCAAAAAGCGCUUCCCCCAUCCCCAUUCCAAGAGCAGUCGGAUGGCUGCAGGAUGGCCAGCUCGGUAGGAUAGCUGUGUCCCCAGCGCUCAGCAGGAGGUGGCAGAGGUACAGCAGUGACCAUACAGCACCCCCGUACUUUGUUGGGAUGGAACCGUUUGCUGAAUGUGUGUUCCUAGGCAUUACCUUUGCUUGUGCAGACUGACCGAGAGACCUUUGAUGCGGAUUGACAGAGUGCGUCAGCCCCUGGACUGGUUGGACUUGUGUCAGUUGCCUGGGACGGCAGUCGUUAGGUUACGAACUCACGCAGAUCUCAGUGAAGGGUUGUUACCAUAUGUGUUGUGCAUCAGUCUGAAUUGCGGACGUUGGAACAAAUGGUCGUUAAUUUGUAAAACCGUGUACAGAAGAUUUUUCACUACGUGCCUGGCUUUGGUGUCCAUUCGGCUGAAAUUAAACGAGAAGGUGCAUGAAGAGGAGCAGGUAGAAACAAAAAGUAUAUGUAGAGAUGACUAUUUUAUAUUACAUGGCCCAAUCCUGUAUUUAUUUCUCCCCUUUUUUGAAGUAUUUAUAAAGACCUAGUCGAAGACAGCUGUAUUUUUUGUUAAGAUAUUCGGUAGAAUUGUGCCUUUUUGUCCGUACGUGAAUAAAUGCUGUACAUUUUUGCAGUA